AGGAAUAAAAAAAACCGAAAUGGGGUGCAGUGCUCGUCCUUUACCUCCGCCGAAAUCUGUAGUUAUGCAGAAUUAGUUUUACGAAAGUAUGGCUUAUUAUUCGAUAGAUUGAUCACGUUUUUCUGUGAAACAAGUGAAUUAAGCUAAAAGAAUAUGUAAGAAGUGUAUUAUGUCUGUUAAUACCUAUAUAUUUAUUUCACCUAUCAAUACUGUGGCAUCAAAGAAUGAGGUUAGACAAAGAAAACAAGUUUGUGGUGAUAUUGAAAUGGUAAUUGCUGAUUCAAGAUAUAUCAAGAAAUACUUCAGAUUUUGAAAAUGGAAGACAGACAUUAUCAAGGAACCUAAUUAACUGUUCUUUAUAACCUUGAUUAGGUUUCUGUGAAAUUUAAGUUAUAGUUAUAAAGGGAUACGUAUAAUAUCUUUCAUAUCUAGGCGUCUCUUCAAAGCUAGAGUCAGUUUACUUGUUUUUAAUUCCAAGAUUGAAGGAAAAAGAAAAAUAACUGUCCUAAUAAAAUAUCUUGAAACUGUUUCUUUAUGACUAAGACAUCUACAGACUUUGUGAAACAUCACAUUUUACACCCAGAGAAUAUAUAUUGUAAUCUUCAGUAUUUAUUGAAAGUUUCAUAUAAUAUAUAUAUUCUUCUUCAUGAGACAUCUGAAAUUUAACUAAAUUUACAAAAAGGAAAUAUAUAUUAUAAAAGAAGGAGGAAACUUGUGGAGGAGAAAUUGUGUGAAAGAAAGGUUCACAAUCAAAUGCAGUCAGAAUCUAGUUUUGUAUCUCAUGUGUAAAUACAAAAAAAAAUCUCAACACUCCAAUGCCUGUAGGAAGAUAUUCACACAAUCUAAUAAUGUACUUGAUUAAAAAUGAAUUCAUACAAGCUUAAAAUCUUAAACAUUGUGAGACUUAUAGUAAAAUGAUUGCUAAAAGCAAUUCUUUACCUAUUCAUAAAUAUAUUUACAUAGAUGAGAACAUUUAUCAAUGUGUAACCUGUGGUAAAACAUUCUUUAAAUAUAGUCACUUAACAAGACACCAAGCUGUUCAUUCUGCUGAGAAUCCAUACCACUGUAAUAUCUGUGGUAAAUCAUUUUCUUAUAAUAGUAGUUUAACAGUUCACAAAUAUAUUCACACUGGUGAGAAACCAUUUCAUUGUGAUAUUUGUAAUAAAACAUUCUCUCGAAAGUGUUAUUUAACUAGUCAUAGAUACAGUCACACAGGUGAGAGACCACAUCAUUGUGAUAUCUGUGGUAGAAAUUUCUCUGAAAGUAGCACUUUAACUAAUCAUAGACGUAUUCAUACUGGUGAAAAGCCAUAUCAUUGUGAUAUUUGUGGCAAAACAUUCACUCAGUAUGGUCAUUUGACUAGACACAAAUAUAUUCACUCAGGAGAGAAACCAUAUCACUGUGAUAUUUGCAGCAAAACAUUCUCCCAUAGUAAUAGCUUAACUAUUCAUAAACGUAUUCACACAGGAGAGAAACCAUAUCAGUGUGGUAUUUGCGCAAAAACAUUUUCCCGAAAUUCUUAUUUGAGUAGUCAUAAAUAUGUUCACACUGGUGAAAAACCAUAUCGUUGUGAUGUCUGUGGGAAAGCAUUUUCUGAAAAUGGUACUCUGACUACUCAUAAACGAAUUCACACAGGAGAGAAACCAUACCACUGUGAUAUUUGUGGGAAAACCUUCUCUGAGAAUGGUACUCUGACGAGUCACAAACGAAUUCACACAGGAGAGAAACCAUUCCACUGUGAUAUCUGUGGGAAAACCUUUUCUGACAGUAGUAAAUUAUCUAAACACAAACGCAUUCACACUGGUGAGAAACCAUACCACUGUGAUAUCUGUGGUAAAACAUUCACUCAGAGUAGUCACCUGACACUACAUGUACGUGUUCACACAGGUGAAAAACCAUACCACUGUGAUAUCUGUGGCAAAACGUUCUCCCAGAGCAGUCAUUUGACACUACAUGUGCGUGUUCACACAGGUGAAAAACCAUAUUAUUGUGAUAUUUGUGGUAAAACCUUCUCUGAUAAUCAACAUUUAACUCGACAUAGACGUAUUCACACAGGUGAAAAAUCAUAUCAUUGUGAUAUAUGUGGAGAAACAUUCCCAAAAAAUGGUAGUUUGAGUAGUCAUAGACAAAAUCACUUGAAAGACAAGACAUGAAAAAAUAGAAUUACUUUGAAUAAAUUAUACCAAUUAUUAUUUCAGGAAACCACAAUGGAAUUCCUAUGAGGCAGUUAGUACUAUGCAAUAAUGAUAUAAUGUUGAACUGAACCUUCUACAAUGCAAAUAAAUUUGGACUUACUUGUGUCAAUGGGGCCAUUUCAUUGGUAGAAAAUCAGUGUAAAUAAAAGAAGUUAUGAUAUGUAUGAUUAAACUUUAUAUAAAUUCAUAAACCUCUUUAUUGAUUCACUUUGGAUUAAUAUAAAUAUCUGAUCUGAUUUCACACAUUUGUCACUAUUUUGAUGUUACAAACAGUUGAUAGUUGUGUAUUAUGAUUCAAUUACU